GGUGUUGAAGAACCAGAGCUCCCCAGAUGCCCCAGGCAGCCUGGGCACAGUGGGCUCUGUCCUCGGAUGGCCCCCCUCCAGAGCAGCAGGCCGUCCUAGUGGUCACUCCUGGAAGCAGGGGAAGGAGGAGUUUGGAGCUUCUUCAGAGCCUCUCGGGCACCUUAGGACAGACUCGACUGGCUGCUGGGCGGCUGCCCCACCCGCACCGGGCCAGGCGGCGAGGGGGGCUGGGGGCGAGGGCAGAAGGUCCAGCGCUCCUGCUAGUGGUUCUGGGCAGCAGGCCGGAGACUCACCAGCUCCCUGACCCCCAGGAAGCCUGCUCUGGGUGCCGGCAGCCCUGUCCAUGGCCUUCACCGAGCUCUUGGAGCAAGCUGGGGGCGUGGGCCUCUUCCAGGCCCUACAGGCCCUCACCCUCCUCCUCCUUUCUGUCUGGGUCCCCUUCCAAUUUCUUGUGGAGAACUUUUCGGCCGCCGUCCCAGGCCACCGCUGCUGGGCUCACGUGCUGGACAAUGGCUCUGAGGCCCCCGCCAACCUCACCCCCGAGGCCCUCCUGGCCGUCUCCAUCCCACUGGGCCCCAACCGUGAGCCCCACCAGUGCCUGCGCUUCCGCCAACCGCAGUGGCAGCUCCUGGACCCCAACGCCACGGCCACCAACUGGAGUGAGGCUGCCACAGAGCCGUGCGUGGACGGUUGGGUCUACAACCGCAGCAUCUUCACAUCCACCAUCGUGACGGAGUGGGGCCUGGUGUGUGACCACCAGGGCCUGAAGCCCCUAGGCCAGUCCAUCUACAUGGCCGGGACCAUGUUGGGGUCCAUCGCCUGGGGCCUCCUCUCCCACCGGCUUGGGCGGAAGCCAAUACUGAGCUGGUGCUGCCUGCAGGUGGCCGUGGCCAACAUCAGCACCGUUGCUGCCCCCAGCUUCCUUGUCUACUGUGGCCUCCGAUUUUUGAAUGCUUUGGGUUUGGCUGGCAUCAUCUUGACCUCAAUGACGCUCAUGGUGGAGUGGACCACGACCUGCAAGAGGGCCAUCACCAUGACAAUGCUGGGAUGCAGCUACAGCAUAGGCCAGACGGCCCUAGGCGGCGUGGCCUUCGCCCUGCGGGACUGGCGAGCCCUCCAGCUGGCCAUGUCCGUGCCCUUCUUUGUCAUCUUCCUGAUGUCCUGGUGGCUGCCAGAAUCUGCGCGAUGGCUGAUUAUCAUGGGCAAACCAGAUCAAGCCCUUCAGGAACUCAAAAAGGUGGCCAGAAUUAAUGGCCACAAGGAAGCCCAAAAGACACUGACCAUAGAGGUACUGAUGUCCAGAAUGGAGGAGGAGCUGGCCUCCACCAAGUCCCACCAGUCAGUGCUGGACCUGUUCCGAGUGCCCGCGCUCCGCUGGAGAAGCUGCAGCCUGCUGGUGGUGAACUUCUCCCUCUCCUUCUCCUACUACGGGCUGUUCCUCGACCUGCAGAACCUGGGGAGUGACAUCUUCCUCCUCCAGGUCCUCUUCGGAGCCGUGGACUUCCUGGCCCGGACCACCACCAUCUUCCUGCUCAGGUUCUUCGGCCGCCGCACGACCCUGGCCGGCUUCCUGGCCAUGGCUGGCCUCGCCAUCCUGGCCAACAUGCUUGUCCCACAAGAUUUGCAGACCCUGCGUGUGGUCUUUGCUGUGCUGGGAAAAGGAUGUUUUGGCAUAAGCUUAACCUGCCUCAUGGUCUACAAGCCGGAACUCUUCCCAACUUCACUGCGGAUGACAGCAGAAGGCUUCCUGCAUUCAGCAACUCGGCUGGGGUCUGUGAUGGGCCCCCUGAUCAGGAUGACCCGCCAGGUCCUGCCCCUGCUGCCUGCGAUUUCCUACGGUGUCCUCCCCACUGCUUCCAGCCUCAUUGUCCUCUUCCUCCCGGAGACCCGGGGACUUCCACUCCCGGACACCAUCCAGGACCUGGAGAGACAGAGAUCGGUGGCAGCCCCGGGCCGCCAGCGAGAGGAAGUCAUUGCAGAAAGCACCAGGUUCUAGAAAUUCUGCCUGCGGGAGCCCUUUUGGCCAACGGGCGUCUUCUGUGAUCAGAAGGUGGAAGCACUCUGGGCGGCCUUGAGGGUCUGGUGGGGCCCAGCGGCCGCUGUGGCUGCUCCACCACUCACUUCUGCUCUCCCUGCCCCGUGAGACCCUCCACCCACCUCCACCCCCCACAGACAGCCAUGCCCCUCCGGGCUGCCCCCAAGGCCUCUCCCUUCCCUGCCAGACGCAGUCUUUAUACUCAGCCACCCUCUCCUCACUUCUCAGAACCUGGCACAUCGGGUGUCUCACCUCCCAGUUUCCAGAGUGAAUUGUGGGACAGAAGUGGCAGGUCCCAGACAGACCUGGUUCCAGUCUCUCCCCUGACUUUCACAGAGUCCUCCUCAGUACUCUGUGAAAUGGGACUCACCAUGCAAUCUACCUCCCCGAGUGGGUGACGGGUUAGCAGAUUGUAGCACAGAUCAGAGUCCAACCAAUACGAGCUGCUACCAGAGCUGCAGGGGGCGACAUCUGGGUGGUGUCCCGUCCUCGGGCACAGCCCAGGAGGCAUGUGGAGCUGAAACCCAGCCCAGGCUCCACCCCAACAGGGUUGUUUUCACACAAAGUAAAGAGCUAUUUUAAUUUCCUCCUGUUUACACUGUUGGUGAGGGAGGCCUCCCACCCUGUGACUAUGUGAUUACGGGGAAGGCCUAACACGUAACACCUAACACUGUACAGGGGAGGCGGACUGCAGUUUAUUAAUCUCAUAUACUCACAGCCCAGGGAGGUGGACACUGCACACCACGCAGGGUCACAUGAGUUGCUCUCAGGAACAGAGAGAACCAGCAAAGGCAGCAGAAGGCGGGCUUUGUAGAAUUAGGAGAGUGAGGAGGGGAUCCCUGGUUCCACAGGAGCAUGUGGUUGGCUUGAGUCACUCCAUAGGUUGGUAGGGAGCUGACUCCUACUGUUCAGGGAUGACAGGACCUGUGCUGUCCCUUGAUGAGAAGUGUUCCUGCCUGGGGGGCCUUAACCUCAGGAGCAGAGUGCAGAGGGGGACCUAUAGUUAGGCCACUAGACACCCUCUUGGUUUCACCAGAUGUCAAGGCAACACAGAAUAUUGGGCCUUAAUUUUAGGCCUUAUGCUGCAAGGCAUCCUUUUGGUUUGUCUGUCUCCUGGGGUCACCUUUUCCCAAUUCAGGCAGCCCCUCCCUUUUUGAGCAGCAGCCCAGGGCAUUAGAACAAUGGCAUCACUGAGGUGGAUCACCUGUUUCAGAGGUGAGGAAACUAAAGCCCAGGGGGUGGAGUGGCAUGAUCAGAGUCACAUAGUUGGACGCUGGCCUGACUCCCAGUCCGGAGCUCUUUCCAGCACACCGGGCUCCUUGUGCUUACCCGCACCCCUCCAUGCUCUGAUAUCUGCAGCCCUGUCACAAAGCUGUACCUUUCCCCAGAGAUCUAAACCCUUUAGGCAACAGCCCACUCUCCUUGGAUGACUCAGAGAUACCUCAAGCCCCAGGUUCUCCAUCCCAAGCAUACCGAUUUCCCUCUCUCACAUCUGAUGCACACCAGACCAAUCAAGCACAAUUCUAGUUAAAUUCCCAGUCUGCUUAAUGGUGACUCAUGAUAAAGAUCAUACUUCCCCUGCCAACAGGCCCUGUGGGGCCCCAGCCUUACUUCACAUGUAAUAAAUUUAAAAGGAUUCAAAUCACAUAAAGUAGUUCUUGAAUCAUCAUGGAAUUAAAUUAGAAAUCAGUACCAGAGAGAUAGCUAGAAAAUGUUUUCAAACGAAAUAACAAACUUCUAAAUAACCCAUGAGUCAAAGAAGAAAUCACAAAGGAAAUUAGAAAAUAUUUUGAACUGGGCAGAAAAUAAAUGCUAAAUGACAUAUCAAAAUUGGUGGGAUGAAGCCAAAGUAGUGAUUGCAGGGAAAUUUAUAUCAUUAAAUGUUUACAUUAGAAAGGAACAGAGUCUCAAAUCAAAUGCCUCAGCUUAAGAAACUAGAAGAAGAAGAACUAAUUAAACCUAAGGUAAGUAGAAGAAAGGAAAUGAUAAACAGCAGAAAUUAGAGAACUAGAAAAUGAUCAAGACAAUCAAAGGAACCUGAAGCUGGUUCUUUGAGAAGGUCAAUAAAAUGUGUAAACCUCUGGCCAUACUGACCAGGAAAAAGAAGAGAAGAGGCACACAUCACCAACAUCAGGAAUGAAAAAGGAAGCAUCACUACAAAUCCUACAGACAGUAAAAUGAUAAGGGAAUAUUAUGAGGAAUAUUUUACCAAUAAAUCUGACAAUUUAGAUGAAACUAACAAAUUUCUUGAAGAAUAUAAAUUACCAAAACUUACUCAAUAAGAAAUAGAUAACAUUAUUAGCCCUGUAAUCUAUUAAAGAAAUUGAAUUAUAAGGUUUAAAACUUUCCCAUAGAGAAAACUCCAGGCCUAGAUGGCUUCACUGGUUAAGUCUGCCAAAGAUUUAAGCAAGAAAUAAUAGUAAUUCUACACAAAAUAUUCUGUAAAACUGAAAAAGAGAACACCUUCCAACUCAUUCUAUGAGCCCAGCAUUAUCCUGAUACCAAAAUCAGAAAAAGACAUUACAAGAAUAGAAAAUUAUAAGUCAAUAUCUCUUACAAACAUAGACACAAAAAUUCUUAACAAACAUUAAGAAAAUUGAACCCAACAGAAUAUUAAUAUGUUAAUAUUAACAUGUUACUAUAUCAUGAGCAAGUUGUGUUUCUCCCAGGAAUGCAAAGUUGGUUUAACACUCAAAAAUCAAAGUGAACAAGCUAAACUGUUAACAAACUAUAGAAGAAAAACCACAUGAUCAUCUCAAUUGAUAAAGAAACUGCAUUUGACAAAAUUCAACGUCCAUUCCUGGUAAACAACAUUCAGCAAGGUAGGAAUACAAAGAAAUUCCUCAACCUGAUAAGGGCGUUUAUGAAAAACCUAGAGGUAACACCAUACUUAAUUGUGAAAGACUGAAAGCUUUCCUGUUAAAAUUAGGAAUGAGACAGGGAUGUCUACUCUCUCCACUUUUAAUCAACAUUGUUUCUUGUCAGUGCAAUAAGGCAAGAAAAAAUAAAAAGCAUACAGAUUAGAAAGGAA